AUGACAACUCCAGCGAGACGACGGUUGAUUAGAGACUUCAAAAGAUUACAGAAAGAUCCUCCACCUGGAGUGUCGGGAGCUCCGACUGACAACAAUAUUAUGGUAUGGAAUGCAGUAAUAUUCGGCGCACACGAUACACCGUUUGAAGAUGGCAUAUUCAAAUUGACAGUUGAGUUUACGGAGGAGUAUCCAAAUAAACCACCAAUGGUACGAUUUGUAUCAAAAAUAUUCCAUCCUAAUGUCUAUGCAGAUGGUGGCAUAUGCCUAGAUAUAUUGCAAAAUAGGUGGAGUCCAACUUAUGAUGUCUCAGCCAUCUUAACAUCCAUACAGUCUUUACUCGGUGAUCCGAAUCCAAACUCACCUGCAAAUUCCAUGGCGGCACAACUUUAUAAAGAAAAUAGACGGGAAUAUGAAAAACGGGUCAUGGCGUGUGUAGAAGAAAGCUUUAUUGAUUAA